CAGACGACCCCCCCCCCCCCCGGCCGCUCCAGUUCUGUGGUGAGGAGAGCUGUGUGUGUUUCAGAGUCUCCUGUCUCGUUUGCUCCAGUUCUGUGGUGAGGAGAGCUGUGUGUGUUUCCGAGUCUCCUGUCUCGAUUGCUCCAGUUCUGUGGUGAGGAGAGCUGUGCGGGUUUCAGAGUCUCCUGAAUCGUUUGCUCCAGUUCUGUGGUGAGGAGAGCUGUGCAGGUUUCAGAGUCUCCUGUCUCGAUUGCUCCAGUUCUGUGGUGAGGAGAGCUGUGCGGGUUUCAGAGUCUCCUGUCUCGAUUGCUCCAGUUCUGUGCCACACAGACACUUUGACGAAGCCAGACCCACCCUCUUUCUCCUGUUCCGCUGCAGCAUGUCUAAGGGGCCGGCCGUUGGUAUCGACCUGGGGACCACCUACUCCUGCGUGGGGAUCUUCCAGCACGGCAAAGUGGAGAUCAUCGCCAACGACCAGGGCAACCGGACCACGCCCAGCUACGUGGCGUUCACCGACACCGAGCGCCUGAUCGGAGACGCGGCCAAGAACCAGGUGGCGAUGAACCCGACCAACACCGUCUUCGAUGCAAAGCGGCUGAUUGGCCGGCGCUUCGAUGAGCCGGUGGUCCAGUCCGACAUGAAGCACUGGCCCUUCAAGGUGAUCAGCGACGCCGGCCGGCCCAAGAUGGAGGUGGAGUACAAGGGGGAGGUGAAGACCUUCUACCCAGAGGAGGUGUCCUCCAUGGUGCUCACCAAGAUGAAGGAGAUCUCCGAGGCGUACCUGGGGAAGUCCGUGUCCAACGCUGUCAUCACUGUGCCCGCCUACUUCAACGACUCCCAGCGGCAGGCCACCAAAGACGCGGGGACCAUCGCCGGGCUCAACGUGCUGCGCAUCAUCAACGAGCCGACCGCCGCUGCCAUCGCGUACGGGCUGGACAAGAAGGUGGGCAGCGAGCGGAACGUGCUGAUCUUCGACCUGGGCGGCGGCACCUUCGACGUGUCCAUCCUGACCAUCGAGGACGGGAUCUUCGAGGUGAAGUCCACGGCGGGCGACACGCACCUGGGCGGGGAGGACUUCGACAACCGCAUGGUCAGCCACUUCAUCACUGAGUUCAAGAGGAAGCACCAGAAGGACAUCGCGGGCAACAAGCGGGCCGUGCGGCGCCUGAGGACGGCCUGCGAGAGGGCCAAGCGCACCCUGUCCUCCAGCACGCAGGCCAGCCUCGAGAUCGACUCGCUCUACGAGGGAGCCGACUUCUACACCUCCGUCACGCGGGCGCGCUUCGAGGAGCUCAACGCGGACCUCUUCAGGGGCACCCUGGAGCCCGUGGAGAAGGCGCUCCGGGACGCCAAGAUGGACAAGGCUCAGAUCCACGAGAUCGUACUGGUCGGGGGCUCCACCCGCAUCCCCAAGAUCCAGAAACUCCUGCAGGACUUCUUCAACGGCCGGGAGCUGAACAAGAGCAUCAACCCGGACGAGGCGGUGGCGUACGGGGCAGCCGUGCAGGCUGCGAUCCUGGCGGGCGACAAGUCUGACAACGUGCAGGACCUGCUGCUGCUGGACGUCACGCCGCUGUCCCUGGGCAUCGAGACGGCCGGAGGAGUGAUGACCGUCCUGAUCAAGCGCAACACCACCAUCCCCACCAAGCAGACCCAGACCUUCACCACCUACUCAGACAACCAGCCUGGGGUGCUCAUCCAGGUGUUCGAGGGAGAGAGAGCGAUGACCAAGGACAACAACCUGCUGGGGAAGUUCGAGCUGACGGGGAUCCCCCCAGCCCCCCGCGGGGUCCCCCAGAUCGAGGUGACCUUUGACAUCGACGCCAACGGCAUCCUGAACGUGUUCGCGGUGGACAAGAGCACCGGCAAAGAGAACAAGAUCACCAUCACCAACGACAAGGGGCGUCUGAGUAAGGAAGACAUCGAGCGGAUGGUGCAGGAGGCGGAUCAGUACAGGGCGGAGGACGAGGUCCAGAGGGAGAAGGUGACGGCCAAGAACUCGCUGGAGUCGCUGGCCUUCCACAUGAAGAGCACGGUGGAGGACGAGAAGCUGCAGGGCAAGAUCAGCCCGGAGGACAAGCAGAGAAUCAUCGACAAGUGCAACGAGGUGAUCAGCUGGCUCGACAGGAACCAGAUGGCUGAGAAGGACGAGUACGACCACCAGCAGAAGGAGCUGGAGAAGCUGUGCAACCCCAUCAUCACCAAGCUGUACCAGGGAGGGGCUGCAGGGGGCGGCAUGCCUGGGGGGAUGCCAGGGGGCUUCCCUGGGGGGGCCGGGGGGUCCUCUUCAGGGCCCACCAUUGAGGAGGUGGACUAGAGUAAGAGCGAGAGAGACUGGUCCAGCGAUCCUCCGUCUGCUCCUCUAAGAGAGCGGCUGAGCUUUUAAAUGAUGAUUCACAGAGAGGCAGGAGAGAGGUCUCCUGAUGCACUGCGAGCGCCUCUCUUCCGAGCUGCAGUAAACAUGCAUUGCAGGCCUAGUCUUCCAGCACAUAGUAUCUUGCAUAUAGAUGAAACCAAAGAUCCCUCCAGACCCCCCUGUUUAGAAAACGCUUGAAGAUCUCUUGAUCCGCCCCUCCUGCUCUGCACUGGAUCCUCAGCUAAUGCACCGUCCUUACACUAUUGCACUACUAAAAAUACCUUUGUGGAUAUAACUUGUUGUAAUGCUAACUGGCUGCUUCCUAGUUCAUAUUGUAUUCUAGUAGCAUUAUUAUUUGCACUUGCUGUAAACUGCACUGUGUUUAAAUAUGAAUCUCGCAUUGUAACCCUGCGCUGCCCUGUGACACCUCUGUGAGUCGCCUGGGAUAAAGGCGUCUGCCUAAUAAAUAAAUAAUAAUAAUAAAAUAAAAAGAUAGA